AUGAAUAAUCUAGUUAUAGUUUUUUUUAUUCUUUUAGUUCAUGGUGAAGAAAUAGAUUGGGGAUUGAAUAUAAAUGAAGAGUAAAAACGAGAUUAUUUAAUUGUUAAUAGUAAUGUUGAAAUAAAUUAGGUUGGAUGUAAUAUUAUAAAAUAAUUUUUAAGCGUAUAAUUAAUAAAAGGGGUAAUAUGUAAAUGGUUAGGACUAAGUUAAUAUUAGUGAAGGAACUAAACGUUAAAUUGAAGAGGAAUUUCUUUCGUAUGAUUUAGAUGAAGGUAAAUAUGAAAAGAAAUAAUAAAGAUGGAAUUCUAAGAAUUGAUGAACUAAAAUAAUCAUUUAGAGGUGAAGCUGAAUAAUAAGUUAGAAAACUAUUUGGAUUUGGCGAUGGAGAUAUGAAUGGUUUUAUAAAUUUUGAGGAAUUCUUUAAAUUUAGGACUAGAGAUUCAAUGACAGAUUUAUGA